GUGGUGCCGUGGUGGUAGUGACUAGCUUACGAGUCACGAUCCCUCCCCCCACUCUCCUCAUCACUUCUCUCUCUACUUUCUCUCUCCUCACUUUCAGAAAAACAAAAAAAGCGCUGAAAAAGAAAUCAAUCAAUCAUUCAAUGUUACAAUUCCACUCGUCAAUAAAUUUAUUCAAUCCCUACAUUUAAUUAUUCCUCUUCAAAUUCUUCUCGAUUUUUUCAUCAGAUUCAAAAUAGUUAGUAUGAUUUCUCAUAAUUGAUUCAAUUAAACCCUAAUUUUCAACCAUUGUUGAAUUUUCCCAAGCUCAAUUUUCAGUCAAAAAUGGCGCAAACAGAAGUAUACGCGCCGAAAUCAGGUCAGCUAUGGAAGACGGUGAUGAACUGGUUAGCGUUCUUGUUCCAGAUCUUUGUUCAGAUCAUUCGAGGUACUCCUUCCAUGUCGCAAGUCUUCAAUAACAUAGGUUUCAGCCAUGGCGGACAGACUUCUUUUCUCUCUCCUCCAACUUCUAAUUCUUCUACUACCGGUUUUAAGCCUCUCCCUGUUGUUGAGAUUCCUCUUCACGCUUCCGCUGCUACUGCCGUCGAUAUCAAUGCUGCUGAUGGUGGUGAGGCUGGUGAUGCUCCCAGUGUUCGUCUUUCGGGCAAGCUCACUGUUGUACUUGAUCUGGAUGAAACACUAGUAUGUGCAUAUGAGACCUCUAGUUUACCACCAACACUUUGUACACAGGCGACAGAAGCAGGUCUGGAUUGGUUUGAGCUGGAAUGUGUAUCGUCAGAUAAGGAAUGCGAAGGGAAGCCCAAAAUCAGUUAUGUGACAGUGUUUGAACGUCCUGGGUUAAAUGAAUUCUUGGAGCAACUUAGUGAAUUUGCAGAUUUGAUUCUUUUCACGGCUGGUCUAGAAGGUUAUGCUAGACCUCUUGUUGACAGAAUUGAUGUCGACAAUCGGUUCAGUCGUCGCCUGUAUCGGCCAUCGACUACUAGCACGGAGUAUCGGGAUCAUGUGAAGGAUCUAUCCUGCAUCUCACCGGAUCUAGGCAGAGUAGUUAUUGUUGACAACAAUCCAUUCAGUUUCCUAUUGCAGCCACUAAAUGGGAUUCCAUGUGUACCGUUUUCUGCAGGACAGCCACAUGAUGAUCAGCUUCUUGAAGUCUUACUUCCGCUCCUGAAGCACCUCUCGCUUCAGGAUGAUGUUAGGCCUGCCUUGUAUGAAAAAUUCCAUAUGCCGGAGUGGUUCCAAAAGCACGGAAUCCCUUCCUCUAGUUGGACAUCGUAGUGGCAGCCUGAAAGAGGAUUAUUCUUUGGCAGGUGAUUUAUGCAUUUUGGAAACAUGUAUUCAUUAAACUUGUAUAGUGAAACUCUAAGAAGGGGCCAUUUAUCUGAUUCUAAAAUCACUCCACCCCCCAACGAAAUUUCAAUGCUACAAUUGUGAUCAAAAUUUAAUUUUUUUUCUUUUCCUUUUCUGUAUGUAGCUUGAUUGGAGAUUAGAUUCUUCUGUAACUUUGUAUGCCUUUAGGGUUUUCCUUGUAGUCUUGUAAACCUUGUAUGUAUGCUCAUUUUUCAGCUAAUAAAUAUAUGCAGUUUCAGCU